AUGGCGCUUCCCGCGCUUUCUUCAACUACCCAACUCCCACACCGCCAGCCGCCGCCGCUGCCACCGCCGGAUGUGAAACCGCCGCACCAAAUCCAAACGCGAACUCCUUCAAAAUCGAACCUUUCCAUCAAACAACAAACCUAUCAUCAGCAGCCAGUAGACCCCACAGUUUCAUGGACCUCUUCCAUUUCCCGCCUCUGCCGCAGCGGCCGCCUCGCUCAAGCCGCCACGCUCUUCACCCAGAUGCGCCUCUCCGCCGUCGAACCGAACCACGUCACCUUCAUAACCCUCCUCUCCGCAUGCGCCGAUUUCCCAAAAGCGGAAGGCAGGUCCUUCGGCCCCAUGGUUCACGCCUACGUGCGGAAAUUGGGGCUGGAUCGGCAUCACGUGAUGGUCGGGACGGCGCUGGUCAAAAUGUACGGCAAGUGCGGCGAGGUGGAGCGGGCGAGGGUUUGCUUCGAUGAGCUCGAGGUGAGGAAUUCCGUUUCCUGGAACACGUUGAUUGAUGGGUACAUGAGGAAUGACGAGAUGGAUGUUGCGGUUCAACUGUUCGACGAAAUGCCUCAAAGGGAUGCAGUUUCGUGGACGCUGUUGAUCGAUGGGUUUGUUAAAAAGGGUUACUUUGAGCAAGCGUUGGAGUCGUUCAGAGAGAUGCAGGUCUCCAAAGCCGAACCUGACUACGUGACUAUUAUUUCAGUCCUGGCCGCUAUUGCUAAUUGUGGCGCGCUCGGCUUGGGAUUGUGGAUCCAUCGCUAUGUCCUAAAACAAGAAUUCAGAGACAACAUCAGGAUAAGCAAUUCGUUGAUUGAUAUGUAUGCUCGAUGUGGAUGCGUGGAGCUAGCCCGCCAGGUGUUCGACAAAAUGCUCAACAGAACUCUAGUCUCGUGGAAUUCAUUGCUAGUUGGUCUUGCAGCAAACGGGUUUGCAGAAGAAUCCCUACAAUACUUCGAACUGAUGCAGAAACAAGGAUUCGAGCCAGAUGGAGUCAGUUUCACUGGCGCUCUCACCGCGUGUAGCCAUGCCGGUUUCAUCGAAGAAGGGCAAAAGUACUUCAACCUCAUGACAAAGAAGCUCAGAAUCUCCCCCAGGAUUGAACACUACGGAUGCAUGGUAGACCUUCACAGUCGAGCAGGAAACUUAGAAGCUGCAAUCAAAGUAAUCGAAACCAUGCCCAUGAAACCGAACGAAGUCAUACUGGGAUCCCUUCUAACAGCCUGUAGAACUCACGAAGAUACUGCAGUGGCCGAAAAAGUAACGAGCUGUGUCGUUGAUCUACAGCCUGAUGUCGAUUCGAAUUAUGUGAUACUGGCCAAUCUAUACGCGGGUGCAGGGAAGUGGGAAGGAGCUAGCAAGGUUAGGAGGAAAAUGAAGGCGCUUGGAAUAAGAAAGACACCAGGGUUUAGCUCGAUUGAAGUUGGACCGAGCAUUCAUGAGUUUGUGGCUGGCGAUAAAUCUCACGCUGAUGCUGAGCAUAUAUAUGGUAUACUACAGCUAUUAUCUCACGAUCUGAAGUUACUAGGAUAUGAUCCACAGGCCAAUGAACAAGAUGUCUAUCAAGAGCAGUAA